UAUCGGCAGCAUUUUCCAAUCAGCUGGUUGUGCGAAGGAAAAAAAAAAACAAGCAAACUAGAUUUUUAGAAAAGGGGCACAUUUGUCUAUUAGGAAAAUUCGAGGAGACGCAAACGGUGCUGGUACUUGCGCGCUAGUGGCAGCGAAAAGUUAUUGUGUGUUUCGCAGGCGCAUGCAAUAAAGCAACAAAAACAAUUGCAAGUAGACUUUUGACUGGACGAUUUCCACGGACGAUGAAUAAGUGAAUUUUCCUGUCGUCGCUCAAGUCAGACGAAGUUUUCUCGCCUGCCCGUCCACUCUGGCUACGCGCUACGCAACGCAAGCAAAAGUUUUAGCAAAAAAUAAGUGUAUUUUCAUUAUUAAGCAAAGCAAUUUCCAGCUAAAAAUUAAAUUGAAUUUCAUGAAACAUUGCAGAAGACGUGAAAAAGUGUUGUGACUUGAUAAACUGAGAAAGUGUAAAACAAACUGUUCCUUGGCAAGUGUUUGCUAAAAAAACCAGUUGCCGUUUUCUUGCAGUGCUAAUCUUAAUUAAUUAUUAAUUACUGCGGGAAGUCGUCACUCGGCGUGUGGAAGACACUUUCAAUAACAUUCUUUCCGGCGCAUUCUUCAAAGGCAACCUUUGCUGAACUAACUGACCUCAUAGCAUAACUAAGCUUCGGAUUUGGGAUACUCCCACGCAAGCUUCUAGUGCGUUAUUAAGGCCUGUGGGCCUCUCUCACCGCCAAAAUGUCGUCCGUUAAGGUGGCGGUUCGAGUGCGACCCUUCAAUUCGCGUGAAAUCGGUCGAGAAUCAAAAUGUAUAAUUCAAAUGAGCGGUGCAACCACCGCUAUCACAAAUCCCAAAGUACCAUUAAACAGCAGCGAAGCCAUCAAAAGCUUCAAUUUCGAUUAUUCCUAUUGGUCACACGAUCCACGGGAUGCCGAAUUCUCCACCCAAGAGAUGGUCUACAAGGACAUCGGCGAGGAGAUGUUGCAACACUCCUUCGACGGCUAUAAUGUAUGCAUAUUCGCCUACGGUCAAACCGGUGCCGGCAAAUCAUACACAAUGAUGGGCAAGCAGGAGGAGCAUCAAGAAGGCAUUAUACCGAUGAUUUGUAAGGAUCUCUUCAAUCGUAUACAUGACACGGAAACAAACGAACUCAAGUAUUCGGUUGAGGUUUCAUAUAUGGAAAUCUAUUGCGAACGUGUACGCGAUUUAUUAAAUCCGAAGAACAAAGGCAACUUGCGCGUACGUGAGCAUCCAUUGCUCGGUCCAUAUGUGGAGGAUUUAUCCAAGUUGGCCGUCACCGACUAUCAGGACAUACACGAUCUCAUCGAUGAGGGCAACAAAGCRCGCACCGUGGCCGCUACCAACAUGAAUGAGACCAGUUCUCGUUCACAUGCUGUUUUCACCAUAUUCUUUACCCAACGUCGUCAUGACAAYAUGACCGAUCUGACCACCGAGAAGGUUUCGAAAAUUAGCUUAGUCGAUUUGGCUGGCUCCGAACGCGCKGACUCGACUGGCGCCAAAGGCACACGUCUMAAGGAGGGCGCCAACAUCAAUAAAUCUUUGACAACACUUGGCAAAGUUAUAUCGGCCUUGGCCGAAAUUGCUUCUAAGAACAAGAAAUCAAAGAAAGCCGAUUUUAUACCAUACCGCGACUCCGUUUUGACCUGGCUGUUGCGCGAGAACUUGGGUGGCAACUCUAAGACCGCCAUGAUUGCCGCGAUCUCACCAGCUGACAUUAACUACGAUGAAACCUUGAGCACAUUGCGUUAUGCCGAUCGCGCCAAACAGAUCGUUUGCAAGGCCAUUGUCAACGAGGACGCCAAUGCCAAGCUUAUACGUGAGCUUAAGGAAGARAUACAGAAGCUGCGCGAUCUCUUGAAGGCCGAGGGCAUUGAAGUGCAAGAAGGGCCCGAUGGUAAAGUGGUUUGUGAGAAGCGCGAUCCGAAUAAAGAUGAAAUGACCAAAUCGGGCAGCGGAACAAUUAAGUCGCCAACAAAGACACGCAAUCGCAACGGUUCGACUACCGAAAUGGCAGUGGAUCAGCUGCAGGCCAGCGAGAAAUUGAUUGCAGAACUCAACGAGACUUGGGAGGAGAAAUUAAAACGCACCGAAGAGAUACGCCUGCAACGCGAAGCGGUCUUCGCUGAAAUGGGUGUAGCUGUCAAGGAGGAUGGUGAUACCGUUGGUGUAUUCUCACCAAAGAAAACACCACAUUUGGUCAAUCUAAAUGAAGACCCAAACUUAUCGGAAUGUCUGCUCUACUACAUUAAAGACGGCAUUACGCGUUUGGGCACACACGAGGCCAAUGUGCCGCAAGAUAUACAAUUGUCCGGUUCGCAUAUAUUGAAAGAGCAUUGCACUUUCGAAAAUCGUAGCAGUACCGUUACGCUCAUACCGCACAAAGAUGCUUUGGUCUAUUUGAAUGGUCGCAAAUUAGUCGAACCGGAGGUGUUGAAGACCGGCUCGCGUGUUAUACUCGGUAAAAAUCAUGUAUUUCGCUUCACCAAUCCCGAGCAGGCGCGUGAGUURCGCGAUAAGAUCACUGAGAAUGCAGAGAACGAGAAUGAGACGGAGAAGUGCGACACGCAGCAGGUGGACUGGAAUUUCGCACAAUGUGAAUUGUUGGAGAAGCAGGGCAUAGAUUUGAAGGCCGAAAUGCAAAAGCGUUUGGAUAAUUUAGAGGAGCAGUACAAGCGUGAGAAGAUGCAAGCCGAUCAGCAGUUYGAGGAGCAGCGUAAGAACUAUGAAGCACGCAUUGAUGCGCUGCAAAAGCAAGUYGAGGAGCAAUCGAUGACCAUGUCGAUGUACAGCAGCUACUCACCCGAAGAUUUCCAUCAAGAGGAAGAUUUAUACACCAAUCCACUGUAUGAAUCCUGCUGGUCCGCACGCGAAGCCGGCCUAGCUGCUUGGGCAUUCCGCAAAUGGCGUUACCACCAAUUCACCUCGCUGCGCGACGAUCUCUGGGGCAAUGCAAUAUUCUUGAAAGAGGCAAAUGCCAUCUCUGUAGAGUUGAAAAAGAAGGUGCAAUUCCAAUUCACGUUGCUCACCGACACGCUCUACUCACCACUACCACCUGAGCUGGCCUCAGCCGCUACGCCAUUGCAAAGCGAGGAUGAGUUUGGCGCGCCACCAGUUUCGAAGACUAUUGUGGCUGUAGAGGUGACCGACACCAAGAAUGGCGCCACACACUAUUGGUCCUUGGAGAAAUUGCGCUAUCGCUUGGAGCUAAUGCGCCAAAUCUACAAUGUGGAGAGUCCACCAUCGUCCAUGCUUUACGACACAAGCUCGCUGUGUGGUGAUAGCGCUGUGCUUACGGCCGAGGCUUUGCAUUACGAUGGCAUAAUACCGUAUACCGCAACUACAGUUACUACAUAUAACGGCGCAUACCCGCCACCAAAUAAUUCCGACAAUACUCACACAUACCCACAGUCCCAAUUACAAAUACAAAAUCACGUUAACACUACAUCAUCGUCGUCGUCGCUGUUGGCACCUUUAAGCGAUAGCCUCUCGUCGGCGGUGCGCACGAGUCCGAAGAAAGCCGGUGCUGGCAGUUCACCAUCUCGUCUUUCAUUGGCUAACUUAAUGCCAUCUAGACAACGCUUGGAGUUAAUGCGCGAAAUGUAUCACAACGAGGCUGAACUGAGCCCUACUUCACCCGAUUACAAUGUGGAGAGUCUUACAGGCGGCGAUCCCUUCUAUGACCGCUUUCCUUGGUUCCGUAUGGUCGGACGUUCGUUCAUCUAUUUGAGUAACUUGCUAUAUCCGGUGCCAUUGGUUCAUAAGGUGGCUAUUGUUAAUGAACGUGGCGAUGUGCGUGGCUACUUGCGCGUGGCGGUGCAACCAGUUUUGGAUGAGGAGUCCAUUGACUUCAACAAUGGCGUUAAGCARUCGGCACGCUUAGUUUUCAACGAAGAUGAUGCCAAGCCGAAGUAUCGCGCACUGAACGAGAAGGAUGAUGUGCAGCGUUAUAUCGAUAACGGUGGUUUGGACAGCAAACUUGAAGAACUUGAGGAUGCUGAUUCCGGACGUGGCAUUGAUUCAAACUCAGCUUCUGAGUGCCAGGAAGCCAAUGAAGAGCCUGGUGAGCAUUUGCAGGUCGGCAAGGAAUUCACAUUCCGCGUAACCGUACUACAAGCUACAGGAAUUGGCGCUGAAUAUGCUGAUAUUUUCUGUCAGUUCAACUUCUUGCAUCGUCAUGAGGAGGCUUUCUCCACCGAACCGGUCAAGAAUUCCGCAUCGGGCGCACCACUUGGCUUCUACCAUGUGCAAAAUAUAACUGUACCAGUUACCAAAUCGUUCAUUGAAUAUUUGAAGACACAACCGAUCAUGUUUAARAUYUUCGGRCAUUACCARACACAUCCUUUACAUAAGGAUGCCAAGCAAGARUUUGUCUCACGACCACCRCCACGUCGCAUGCUUCCACCAAGCAUUCCCAUUAGCCAACCGGUGCGCAGUCCCAAAUUUGGACCACUACCAUGCCCAUCGACGUCAACAGUUUUGGCAAAGCAUGACGUCUUGGUUUGGUUUGAAAUAUGCGAAUUGGCUCCGAAUGGCGAAUAUGURCCAUCGGUGGUUGAGCAUAGCGACGAUCUUCCAUGCCGUGGUCUAUUCCUACUCCAUCAGGGCAUACAACGUCGCAUACGUAUCACUAUUGUACACGAACCGACAGCCGAAGUGAAAUGGCGCGAUAUACGUGAGCUCGUCGUUGGACGUAUACGCAACACGCCCGAAUCUUCGGAUGACUUGGAUGAGGACUCGUGUGUUUUGUCGUUGGGCUUGUUCCCUGGUGAAACUUUGGACGUACCCGGCGAUGACCGUUCAUUCUAUCGUUUCGAAGCUGCUUGGGAUUCGAGCUUACACAAUUCCACUCUGCUGAAUCGCGUUACACAGGCUGGAGAGACAAUUUACAUUACUUUGAGCGCUUAUUUGGAGCUCGAGAACUGUGCGCGCCCUGCUAUUAUCACCAAAGACCUCAGCAUGGUCAUUUAUGGACGCGAUGCACGCACCGGUCCACGAUCGUUGAAACAUCUAUUCUCUGGACAGUAUCGCAAUCCAGAAGCAAAYCGUUUGUCUGGCGUGUAUGAGUUGUCGUUGCGUAGAGCCUCUGAAGCAGGUAGUCCAGGUGUGCAACGACGUCAGCGACGCGUCUUAGAUACSAGUUCCACUUAYGUGCGUGGCGAGGAGAAUCUCUCUGGCUGGCGGCCACGCGGCGAUUCGCUCAUUUUCGAUCAUCARUGGGAGUUGGAAAAGUUGACGCGCCUCGAGGAGGUGGGRCGUGUACGCCAUUUGCUGUUGUUGCGCGAACGCCUCGGCAUGGAUACAAAUCCAAAUCCCACAACCAAAACAGAGAAGGACGUCUGUAAUUUGGCAGCGCGUGCCGCCACCUCACCGGUACAUAUGGUCAUACCGCCAUCACCACAGACACCCGUCAAGGAUCCACAACAGAUUGUGCCCGAACGGGAGUACAAUCAGAGAGAGCAGGAGUUGAUGAUGAAGUGCUUGAAGCUGGUGCAGGGCACCUACAACAAAGCAACAGAUCCCACAGCAGAGCCAGCCACACAGUCGGAUGUGUCGCCGAGUGAUGAGGGCUGCGCCGACAUGACCGUUAGCUGCAUCUCCAGCAACUCUAUCGAAACAACACCAAAAAUUAGACGAAGGUUAUGUUCGCCCGAUCGCGCUGAUGCGCCCAACGGUUGGGAAGCGCCAGCACCCGCUACGCAACCGGCAUUACCGCUACGCUUGUACGUACCCGAGUUGGAGGAGAUUAGGGUGAGCGCUGUGGUGGCGCGCAAGGGUGUGCUGAAUGUAUUGGAGCAUGGCGGUUCGGGCUGGAAGAAGCGCUGGGUGAUUGUGCGACGCCCUUAUGUUUUCAUCUACAAAUCCGAAAAGGAUCCAGUGGAACGUGCAGUAUUAAACUUGGCGACCGCACAGGUUGAGUGCAGUGAGGAUCAGGCAGCGAUGGUUAAGAUACCCAACACAUUUAGUGUGGUCACUAAACAUCGUGGUUAUCUGCUGCAGACGUUGGGCGAUAAGGAGGUACACGAUUGGCUAUACGCCAUAAAUCCGCUACUGGCUGGACAGAUAAAGUCAAGACUGGCACGUCGCACACUGGAGUCGGCAUCGCAAACCGCAUCACAAAUUCAAGCCACAACGGCGUCAAAUGCACAGACAAACAACAAAUGAGAUACAAUUACGAUGGAAUCCGUAUUAGUGUUUUAAGGGCAGCGUGUUUCUGAACAGUAUAUGCAAAAACAAAAACAAAAACAAUAUGAGAUUACAACAAUAAAAGAAUAAUUAUGUAUUAUUUAGCU